AUGGCUUCUUACAACCGACUCGUCCGGUUCAUCCCCAAAUCCACCUCCACCUCCACCUCCGCCUCCACCUCCUCCGACGAACCUCUUAUAGGAGAACCAUGCGACCCAACCCUCGACGUCGGAUUAGCCUCAUACAAUUCCCAGCCCAUCCACGUAUCCACCUUCACUGGAAGCUCUGUCUUAAGCCCCGGGCAGAGGACGGGGGAGAAGGUAAUGGUGGGGAGGAUAUUGAGUCCGUUAAGUGAGGGGGAGGUGGGGACUAUCAGGUGUAUCGGGUUGAACUAUAUCAACCAUGCGAAAGAGGUUGGGAUGGAUAUCCCGAUCGUUCCUACGUUGUUCAUGAAACCAGCGACCGCCCUCGCAGACCCUUACCCAGCCCCGACCGUCAUCCCAAAGGCUUUCGUAGGAGAUCAGGCGGCGGAUUACGAAGCCGAGUUCGUCAUCGUCAUCGGCCACCACCACCACGACCCUUCGAACCGCAAGGUUUGCAAAGAUGUUUCCGAGGAGAACGCUAUGGACUACGUAGCGGGCUAUACGGCGGCCAACGAUCUGAGCAGCAGGAAACGGCAGUUCGAGACGAGUCAGUGGGGGUUCAGUAAGGGGUUCGAUGGGGCUUGUCCGAUUGGGCCGGCGUUCAUCCCUAAGGAGGCCGUAGGAGGGAUGGGGGACGCAGUGGGGAAAAAGGGGGGGUUGAAUUUGAAGGAGGUGACAAUUAGGGGAGCUAGGAAUGGGGUUGUUUGUCAGGAUAGUACGCUCGACGACCUGAUCUUCUCUGUACCCAAGAUCGUGGCUUUCCUGUCUCAAGGGACGACCCUGAGGCCGGGGACGAUCAUCUUGACAGGUACCCCUGCGGGCGUCGGAUGGUCGUCGACACCGAAGAACCUCUUGCAAGAUGGGGACGAGUUUAGCGUUUACGUCUCGCAUGGCGUGGGCACUCUGAUCAAUAAGAUCCAGGAGGAGAAGUAGAAAUCGCACAGUAGUACUCGUAGGGAGGUGGAUUUAGGUAUCGCGGUCGGGGUUGUAUUAUUGUGGCCGUCACGCCUAUGCGCUGUAUGAUCCAGAUCUAUGCAUCCGUCAUGUGG